CCGUCGAUCUGCACCAUCCCGCCACGUCUGGCGGUCUUACUGCUCCUCGUCGACACCGAGACUCUCCGAGCUCGGCGAUGAUUGCUGCUGCUCUGUCCGGGGCCCUCCAUUCUAUCUAAAAUGUCGCAUCUGCCUCGGCCCCCUGCCCUGUGCUCUCUCCCGCCCAAGGUCAAGGGCGACGUCAAGUUCUGGCUGUCGGUAUCGCUGCCAUCUGGGAUCCAACUCGACAACCCGCAUGCAUUCAACUCACCCGGCCUUCGAAUCAACUGGUGGGGCGACGAUCAGCCCGGCGUCGUCCUGUUUCCCCACUCUGCCGCCCGCCAGUCACUCAUCCCCCUAUCGCACUCGAGGCGGGCAGCAAGCGAUCAUGCCGUCUCAUCCAGCCGGGCUGCCCCAAGCACCGUCCGGUUCCCUGUUCGAUCGUCCCGGAAGCAGCUUGGCGCCUAUCUCCGCGAUAUGGGUCCGUUUGUCCUCGCCUUCGUGAGCAACCGCUCGGUCGUGGGCCGAGUUGUCAUCGGCGACCUCGCUCCCCUGACAAACUCGGCCUCGGAAUCCCCAGAGAUCGGCGGGCGCUAUCCGAUCCACAUCGACGGCCAUGGCGGCGCUCCGAUCCGAGCCGUGGGGUCGGUUCAGAUCACUUUUGGCCUGGAAAAAGUCGACUGCCGCAGCAACACUACCACCACGACAGCGGGCUCCCCAGCAAAGAUCGGGCAGCCUUCCGUCGCCUUGGCUCCUCCCUUUGCUCGUCCUGAGAUCCACCCGAAGGAACACUCGCAAGUCGAUUCAUCUGCUGAAGCCUUGGCCCCGAGCGAUGCUACAGUCGUUCUGCCCACGGCAUUUGCUUCGCAGUCUCCAAAACCGCCAAUGCCAAUGCCGUCGCCGCCUCCGAUAAGCACCCAUCCCGGCCGGACUGGAGCGAACCCGAGCACGCAAAACUACGACAUUUCGCUCCUGGAUGACGCCUCUACAGAAGAAUCGCCAUCUUUCAUGUUCGACCACCUCUUAGAGCGAGCCCACAAGUUGCAGAGUGCCUUGAAGCUCACUCUCGACGACAAAUCCGCCAGCGGCGGACUGGACGCCUCUUCAUCAACUGCCAUCAAAUCAACUGCAGACCAGCCAGAAGCAGCCGAAGUGACAGCGCAGUUGAACACUAGCAAGGUCUCUGGGCUGCUCGAUCAAGAGGGAUCAGAUCGGGGCUCCUCAGGUGUCGGCGACAUCUACGAUCUGCUGUCCGACGGAUCCGACCAACUCUCGGACGACGACCUGAUCAUCAAUGCCCUCAAUUCUACCCUGCACCAGCGAAGCCAGCUCCCAGGGUCUUCGGCCCGCAGUGUCCUUGACAAUUCACUCCUCGACGACGCCCUCUCGGACCUGAGCACUCUGUCCUCAGAGGCCGAGUCUAUCCCACGGGUUUUGCCGGUCCAGUCGCAAGGGUCUGACCCAACAACCAUGUACUACGAGCUGAGGCUGACGCUGCACGGGAUUCGCUUUGCAGAGUACUUUACUCUACCCUCCUGCACGCUUUAUAUCGAUUGUGUAUUCCCGAGUACCAACCGGGAUCCAUCCUCGCUCGAGAAGCCUGUCUCGGACAGGAUCGUGGCUCAGUACGUACACCUUACACAGCAACGGAGCCAUCGUCUGUUCCCCGGUGCUCAGAGCGACACAUCCACGACGUCAAUCCCGGUAAACCACAGUCUCUGCCGCCAUCUGCAACUCGAAGCAGCCUUUGUGGAGAGCUACAUGGCGCGGCCACUCAAGAUACACAUCGAAACCCGAUCGCCACAGCCGGCAGCAUCCCGCUCCUCGUCCAAAGAGGGGACCAAGCUAAAGAAAGGAUCCGAGCUUGGCUCGCCUGUGCUGUUCGGAGAGCUGCCUCUCUGGACAGUAUUCAAGACUCCGCUGUCCAAAUGGAAGGGGCCUGUGCCUCUGUAUCGCAACGAGUCUCCAAAGCAGGGAUCGCCCCUAAGAUUCUCGGUCCUUGACUCGGACAACACGACAUCGAGCCGCCGCAUUGUGCGCACGGUUGUUGGCCAAAUAGACAUCGAGAUUUCUCUCAGAUCCACCGGCGAUGAAGAAGCUGCCUCGGUCGACGAUAGCUGUGUGAAUAGCUCCAACCGAAGCCCGAUGCUCCGUCAACGCGGACCCGAACUUGCUCUGGCGGGGCACCGACCAGCCACAACUGCGAUCAAGCCUCUGCUCUCGACCUAUCUCAACCUUGUGUUCUCAACCGCCCGUGCGAUGGCGAUUCCUGCGAAUGCCGCGGCAACGCUGCACCUCAGCAUGCGGCUGUUCUCUUCGACAGCGGUGAUCCAAAGCCCGCCUGUUCCCUGGCAGCAACCCGUCACUCUCGAGACCGGAGACGUCAAUCUCAAGUCGACUCAUUUUGACUUUACAUACACUCUUCCAGUAUCGCUGCAUCAUGAGGCUAUGCGCGCCUAUAUCGAUCACCCCGUGAUUGUCGAGGUAUGGCUCACGGAUCUAUCGGAGCCUCCGACGCCCCUUGGCCGCGUCCCAAGGCUGCUCGGAGUUGUGAAGCUGCCGGUCCACUACUUGUUCCGCGUGCACUUGGACAACUCCUCCGACGCUCCCCAAAACGCCGGCAACCUUAUACCAGAAUCAGAGUACGCCGUCGUCGACUUGCUCUCGGGUCAGUCCAUGGGCUGGAUCAAAGCAACGAUCGUGCUUGGCACGCUCCGGCAAAUCCAGCAACUGACUGGGAGGGAUUUGGUUCGCAGCGCCAGCCCUCUACGUGCUGCCGCAGAGGACAUGCCGGAGCGAACCACGGCCUCUCCUCAACUCGACACUGUCCGGGCCAACUUUGGCAUGCUGAACCUGCGACAAAGUCCCGAGCCGCGACCCAGCACAUCAGAACAGGGCGCCAAAGAGCAUGGACCCCAGCUCGAAGUUUCACUGGUGGCUGUCAUCCACCGGGCUUGCGGUCUCCGUGCCCUUCUGCAGGCACACGUAAAUAGUCAGCCAUCCCGAGACCCGGAGUCUGAGUCUGCGUUUACUGACGAUGGCGAGUCCUUUGGCCCUCUGGACUAUGCCCUUGAAGUCGGCGCCAAUUCAUUUGUGCGGCUCAAGCUGUGCCCGCCCUACGCUCUUACGCUCCGAUCUCCAGACGGGGAUGCUCGGCACUCAAAGGCCUCGUUUGCGGUCCUGGGCACGCCCGUCGUGGUCGAGUCGUUUACUCCCAUGUUUAACUACCAAGGUAUCGUCAAUCUGACAGGAAUCGGGCCAGACUUUAUCGAAUGGAUCCAGAACGGCGGAGAAGCAAGCGGAGAGGUCUGGCACCGGAUACCGCGGCAAGAUCUGCCUCACAACGACUCCUCGGCCGACAUAUUACUCGGAACGUUCAAGAUUCCCAUGCUGGAUCUGGCCAAGAAGAGCCAGGGUAUCGAUUCGGUCUGGCUGGCUGUUGAGGCAGCGCAAGACACGGCCAUGCAGUCCAGUGUCGACUCGGCAGUGCAAAUCUCACUGCGAUUGCUGUCGGCCGUGCCCGGAGCGCUUCAGAAGCGCGAUGGUGUCGAUAGAUUGCCGCUUCGGACCCCGUGGUGGUGCAAGAUGAGCAUGGUGCUCGACCGUGCUCGCUUCGUGCUGGGAGAGCCCGGGACUGUGGCUUCACGCAGCCUGCUCGAGACCCAGUGGGGCACAUAUGCAAGGUGGAUCUAUCCCAAGGCGCGUAGAACCGACAGCGAUGUCGAUAUCGAUCGAGUCCACGAGUACACGUCUCUGACUCCCAUCGGCAGCGCCGGGGCAAAUGGCAUCUGCCUGAGUAUGCUGGACUACUGCAAGGAAAUCGACCUGGAAAUGAACGCAGUGACCAUUCAGGCCUUUUUCGAGUCUAAAAUCGAGAUUGAGGUCUGGAUGCAGCGCUGCCAGUCAACAGCGAUGUCCACUGCGGCCGAACCUCAAGUGGGCGAUCGCUUUAUUGGAUGCGCCGUGAUCGAUGUUUCCGACAUGAUUGCAGAGCUACAGCGACAGCACAGCAACAUGAAGGGUCAAAUCAUUGCAUCAUCGCCGCUUGUCUCGCGUGGAUCGUACCCACUUAUUGAUCCCAGCAGUGCCGACCUGAAGGGCUCGAGAAUUGCAGUGAAGCUGUCCUUCUCACUCAUCAGGCCCAGCACAAAGGCGCCAAAGCCUGCCCAGCCAACACAAUACCCCAGCCCAUCUCCUCGGCCUCGAAGCACCGGUCACGAGAUACUCUCUCAGAGCCCUCGAUUCAAGGAUCGCACAGCAAAUGGGGAGCAUGAGCGAGGGAGCCACACUCAAGCGGCAUCACCAAUCCUAAGCACCAGCAGCCUUGCAUCCGAGGCGGCGGCGCCCGAUACUGCUUUGGAACUCGCACGAAGCCCUCUCCAGCCACCGGUUCCGGCUUCCUUCAAGCCCCCGAACUCCGAAAACGCUUCCUUGUAUACCGCAAGCUCACUCCAGUUCAGCAAUGACAAGCCGGCGCUUACGAUCCUUCGCGAACAGCGGCUCGAUGCGGGCUAUGUUGCAGCCGUUGAUCGGCAAUCGCGCACGUCAACACACACGGACGAGUCCCACAUAUCCAAUGCUCUGUCACCGCUUGUACCGGGCAGGGCUUUUAACGGCGGUGCUCUUACGGAUGAAGUCGUUGGACUGCUCCGCCAUACUCCUCUUGUCGCCGCUGUGGAGAACCAGAUCCGGGACGCUUCGUCGACGAGAUCCAGUGCCGCGGCGAUGGGCGCUAAUCCGCCCACCGAUGGGAUAGACGGGCCUGCACUGGUCCGACUGCCUCUGUUGCAGAAGGACACUGGAGAUCCAAACGAGAUGCUCGAUCCGAUCUCGGCCACCCAGCUCAGCCCACCACAGGCGAGUGGGUCGCUGAUUGACUCCUCGCGCUUCAAGAUUCCCGGCGAAACUCACAAGCAGCGAAGCAGUCCAGUCAUGCCCCUCGUUGCUGACAUGGGUGCUUCCCAAGGCACGCAGCUCGAUCGCAGCGAGACAAGUUCCGCUCAGCCUUGCACGUCAAUCCUUUCCGCUGAAGCCGAGUGCGAACUGCAACCAAGUCGAGCUGUGGCCCCACUGGCAUCGGCGCAUAUGAGCGAUGCCCGAGACGGACGAGAGGAAGACCAGCCUGAACUCGGUGACGACUCGAAGCGAAUCUACAAUGCCAACAUCUCCACGACAGACCUUUCUAUCCUUCGCGAGUCGCUAUCGUUUGACGUGCUCGUUAUUCAAGCCCGGCAUCUGAACUGCGAAUCCGAUGAGUGGCCGAUCUCCACAGAGCGAGCCCGGACCAGCCUUGCGCCAUCAUCUAGCCCGACGGUGUUUGUGACCUUCCAGUGGACCGAGUUUGGGCAGGUCCACACAUUUCGCACUGGCCGUGCUGCAGCAAGCUCGCCAAUCUUCCGAUACGAAAUGACGCUUCAAUCAACCCUUCACGAAGUUGAAUGGAUGUGCACCUGUCCCGACUCGGAACCAUGCAGCUGCGGCACAACUACUCACAGCGAUAACAACGACACAAGCGAUAGCGAAGGCGACUAUGGCGAUGACAAUGGCUUGGGGCAUAGCGGAGAUGGUUACGGAUUCGAUCUCAACAAGCAUGGCAGUAUCGCUUUCCAAGUAUGGUGCUCCUCCAGGCUCGGCAGCCCUGAUUUCCGGCAGCAAAACCCGCUCAGUCCCAGUGAUACCCCGAGUUAUCUGAUCGGGUGUGCCACAGUGUCCCUCAACGGGAUUCUUGAUCACGGACGACAGAGCGUGGGUGGAUGGAUCCAAAUUGUCGACCCCGACGGAUUCUCGCGCGGACAGCUGCUAGUUCGCAUUCAGCUGAAGCACGAUAUUGGUGCAAUUGUGACGAAACGACAGCGCCGAAAGGCAGCCAAGGCUCAGCGGUCGCCCGUCGAGGUCGCAGCUUUAGUCUCUCUUGAAUCCGAACGAAGCAGCCCCCUUGGUGAAGCGAGGGCUCUCGACCAUGGGAACGCGCUUCUGGGUGGCGAUCGACUCAGAACAGACGAGCAAGCGAAAGCAUCGCCAAGCUGCCUUCCCGGAUAUAUCCAGAGUUUGCAGCAGAGCUAUGGAUCGGACAAUCCAGCCACCUCGCUGGCGCAUGAUUCGAGCGCAUUUAGGGCUCUCGCUGAUAAUCCGGAGGAUCCAGAAGAUCAUGCGACCGAGAAAACGGCUGUCCACCGCCACCAUGUCCAUGAAACCGCGCAGCCGCAAGAUGUCUCUGCCCUAGGAGCUGCGGCAUGCUCGCCGAUUUCGCCCACCCCACUGGAGUGCGAGCCGCUUCUGCAGCUGUCUGACCUGAUGCUGCGCCCGGCUGAUGGCAAAGAUCUGAAGCCACUGCCUGCUGCGCUUCCCGCGGAGUUGGAGAGUUUGAAGUACGACGCAGUCAGCAGCCCUGUUGCUGACGCCAGCGGUGGCAAUGAAAGGCGCAGUACCGUGAACUCACUGGAGGCGGAAUCCACAGGACUGCUAAGCAAAAGUCCGCCACCGAGACUUGAGCCGAACAGCGAGAUACAAACGGUGGAGUUUAGAGACCCAGUCCAUGAACAGCUUCGGAAUGAAGUCUCUCGCCAGGAACAGCUGACUCUCCCAAGCAACGGAGACGCCUCGGAUAGAUCCACAGUCACUCCAAUCCUGGUCCCAGAUCCACACGACCUCGAUGCAGAUGCGAGACAUCCAGUCUCCGCCGCUCGGAGCCCAGAUGCCGUUUCCCAGCGACUGGCUGCGAGUACUCAUACCUCUGAUUCAGGCGCUCAAGCAACUGCCAUCCAACCAAUAUCCCUGUGUGUCGGAUCCUCCGCGACUCAGAGCAACACGGAUGCCAAGGCGACCGUAUUUGUCGAUACCGGGGCCGACGGCGUCUCUCCCCUUUGUGCCGGUACGCCUUCCUCAUCAACGAUCCCAAGCGAUAGCACUCAAGCCCAUCUCUCCAUGAUAUAUGCAUCGCUGCCGUCCGAUGCGGUGACCAGCCCCUUCACCAGUGACCGAAUCAUUGUCGAACACGCCAGCGACUCCGGCGAUGGCGAGGAUCAGAGCACCAAUCGGAUACAUCGUCGACAGGGCAUACUGGGUUCAACGCAGGCAAGGCUGCUACUGUCGACACCCACAGGCCGCCGUCCAUUUACGCAAUCCCACCGAACUGCCGAGGCACAGAGUCAUCCUCGACGCGACCAACCAUAUAUCCAAGGCGAGCUUGGAGACGACGAUCGCGACAGCAGCCCGGAUACCGACGAUAACGACCGUGCUCGGAGCGACAGCGGCAGUGAUGGUGGCAGUAAUGGCGGCAGUGAUGGCGGCAGUGAUGGUGACAGUGAUAGCGACAACGAAAAUUAUGCGAUUCUGUUUCGCCGCCGCAUGCGCUCCGCAGCAGAGCGAAAAUUGUCGAGCCCACCCUCGCUCGCUUCCUCGAUUUCGAGCCUGACCUCUGGAGCUUACGACAUCCAGCCAGUGUCGCUUGGAAAGGCGGCAAUCCUGUCUCGUCUGCGGGCAAAGUACGAUCAUGGUGAAGUCCGUGCCAAGUGGAAGACGCCAAUGGAUCUCCCAAAGGAGCGCCCAUCUCAACGCAUAGUUCGUGAAAGUGUCGAUCAGGAUCCCGAGCAUUCGGAUCGUCGUGCAGGCGAGCACGAUGCCAGACGAGACAUCGAGCGACUCCGGCGCAUCUUUUUCGGCUCCAAGGAGCUGUGAAGAUGCCUUGCUGAUGGUCCUGAGGAUAUGAUUUCGCAUUCCGGCAGCAUCAGGGGUCGUAUAUGGAACUGCGGCCGACGAAUCUGCCAUAUCCUUGGCGGCAUCAGCGUCAGUUGGACCAACAGGUUUAAUGCAAUCUGCUUCUGGGACAAAUACACCGUGUGAUAGAUUCAUA